AUGCCGCGUCUCGGUGGUCACAGUGCGAGGCGUCGACGCGCGUACGGGGGCGUCGACCGUUCGCUCGAGGGCGUGGGAACGAACGCGACGCGCGCGUGCGACGCGUGGACGGCGACCGAGAGCGGGAAGAGCGACGACGGACGCGCCGAGAGCGACGCGUCGUCACCUCGAUCGAUCCAUCGAGCGAGAGAUAACGAACGGCGACGGAUCGUCAUCGAACGGACGGAGAGACGUGAAGCGUCGAUCGGGAUGCCGCGCGCGCUCGUGAUCGUGUACGGGUUAUCCGCGGACCCACCGACGGAUCGAGGCGGACACGGUUCGGUGGUUCGAGCGCUCAGGAGCUGGAGAAGCGACGCGGAGGGGUCGCGGUCGGGAUCAAAGUCGGAGUCGGCGAGAGGUAGACGCGCGGAUGAAAUCUUAGUGGUUCCGACGUACUCACACGCGUAUGCGAGCAAACGAGCUCGACAGGAAGGGCAGAAUGGGGCGGAUUACGACAAUCGAGUCGCCAUGUGCGCGAUCGGUUUCGAGGACGCGAGGAUGGAGAGCGAGAAGGCGCCGUUCGGAGCCGAGGGCGACGAGGGGUCGGCAAACUCGACGAUCGUCACAAUCUCUCGAGCCG